CAGCCAGCAGGGUAUAAAUUAGAGCUGGCAGGGGCCAGGAUUCAGAGUUCUACCAGAAUUCAUCCACUUUCAGGUCAGCCAUUCUUCCUAACUGCACACUUGGAGAAAGAUGAAGUCGACUGCGCUGCUGCUGCUGCUAGUGGCACUCUGGUGCUCCUCCAGUUCUCAACAAUGCAACGUUGAUGACUUGAUCAAACUUGGGGGCAACGUGCUGCUAAAGGCCCUGGCAUCAUCUGUCUCGGAUAAAGCAGGUCUGCAAUGCACUAAUGUGAAGGCGACAGGAUCGUAUGCCAACUGCCCAUCCGAUUUGACGCCAAUGAGCUGCGCUUGUGGGAAUGCGUGUGGCUCCUGGGAUAUUCAGAAUGAGCAGACCUGCCACUGCCAGUGUGCCAACCAGGACUGGAGCUCUGCCCGCUGCUGCAAAAUAGGAACCAAUUAGGAGGCACAGUUGCUGCCACCUGCCAGCUGGGUAGCAGAUGUGAGCCUGCCAGCUGUGUGAAUGCUGUGAUUCUCCUCGAUUGUGCUGUUCUGUGUUACUACGCCUCUUGUGUAUUCUGCUUUUUGAUAUUUUCAGGUCACAAAAAUAAAAUGAAUUAAUCAGAUAUGGAAAAUAAAGCAAUGCAAACAUUAA